CAAACCUUUUCGAAUCGCAAAUCAGAUUAUGUGUAAGAGUUUAGGUUGAAAUGAAUAUAGGAGAUGUUAUUCAGUGAAGCCUAUCAGCAUACUUGCUCUGCCACUGGGCUAGCAGCCAGAGGUGGCGAUCUUAAUGCUCUGAAGGAACUUUUACAGAAUGGUGCCUCUAUUGAUGUCCAGGACAACAGGGGCUGGACUCCUAUUCAUGAAGCAGCCUUUCAUAACCAUCCCUUGUGUCUACAUGAGCUUCUCACAACAAAAUUCUGCAUUAAGGAUAAGAGUUUUGUAAACAAGCUGUCAUUUGAAGAAGAGACCGCUCUGAUACUGGCCUCAAGACGUGGCAAUGUAGAGUGUGUCAGAACUCUAAUUGAGCAUGGAGCUGACCUGAACAUACCUAAACAUGGGGCUCUCAGGCUAGGAUUCACUCCCCUCUGGGAAGGAAUUUUCUCAAAGAACGUGGGGUGCGUGAGGUUACUUUUAGAACAUUGUGACUCCCAGGUGGUCAAUCUUCAGACAUUUGAUGGCCGGACUCCCCUUCACCUGGCUGCAGAGAAUGGCCAGUCAGACUUGAUUGUCGCGUUACUGCAGCAUGGGGCCAGGCUCGAUGUUUACGAUGACAAUCAUCUCAGCCCUCUGUUUGUAGCGGCUCAGAUGGGGAACUAUGAUUCGCUCAAGUUGUUACUUGAGGCGGCAAUUGCCAAAGGUCAACCAGAGCUAGUGAACAAACCAGCCUUUGACAAAGCCACUCCACUGUUCUUGGCUACUCAGAAAGGUCAUGUCAGAUGUGUAGAACUGUUACUGGCUAAUGGAGCAGACCCUCACCUGAAGACAGAGAACCCCACCACAUUACCUGUUCAUGCUGCUGUUCAGUUUCGUUAUCACAGCUGCAUGGAGCUACUGUUGCCGGUGACUUCCCCACGAGCCAUUGCUGAGUGUGGGAUCAGCCUUGUGGAUGUGCUCCUACCUAACCUGGACCUCCGGUGUUUCCAGACGCUGAUCAAACACGGCGUGGACCUGACAGAAGGCGUGGACAUCAUUCCUGCCGACUUGACUCAGGAGAACACUUAUCACCUACUGCCCUUUGUGACUGAGGAACCCCUGGGGUACAAGUGCCUCUCACUAAUUGGUCUUUGUGUGGGUGGGGAUGAAGACACAUUCCUGGAGCCGUCAGAGCGCUGCAACCUUACCCACUGUCUCCUUGCUGCCGGACUCGAGCCUGAACCCCAGAUCACUGCAGAGAUCCCGCCCCUUGUAGCAGCAGUCUAUGCCAACAAUGUAGAGUUAUUCAAAGUGUUGUUAGAGCACGGUGUGGACGUCCAUGUCAGUCAUCCUGAGUUUCUGGGGGAUAUGGCUGUUACAGUUGCAGCAGGGCUAGACCCACCCUCACCUUGCCUGUUGCUGCUCUUCCUUCAUGGAGCCAGUGUGGACUCGUGUUUUGGUCAUAUACCUGAGGGUGAGGAUCUGGACAUUGAGCCAGCAUUCCGCACCCAGAAGUGGUGUAUACAGAACAUGCUGAUGAUGUACCCCGGUCAGAACCAUUGGCAAGUGUGGGAACGCCUCACCCACUUGCUGAGUCUGGCCUGGCACCAGCGACUCCACCCAGGCCUCCAGGCUGUCAUACGCAAUUCUGCCAAGUGGAAACAGCUACAAGAUCUCGCAGCUGAAUGUUCCACCCUGGCCCACUUGUGUCGUAGGCAGAUAUUCCGAACUUUAGCCUCAACUGGUACAUACAACUCUGAAAGCUUGGAAAAGCUGGAAAUGCCAGUAACCCUGAAACAUUAUCUCUUUUCCUCGGUGGUUGGCAAGUGCUACCGGGAUAUGCUUCAGUCACUCUAGAGGGAGAUGAAAGAGUAUCUCUUCUGCUCAAUGGUCAACAGUUGCUACCAAGAUAUGGCCCAGUCAGUUCAGAGAAAUUUGUGAAUGAGUCUGAAACAUCUCUCUUCCUCAAUGAUCGGCAAGUUUUACCAAGAUAUGGUUCAGUCACUUUAGAGGAAUUGGUGAAAGCGCUUGCCGAGAAUCAUGGAAAACCUCUUCAUUUACACCUCAUUCUUGUAAUGAAAAUGUAAUGUACACAAAUAUCUUAGAAGAUACAUGUACAAGAUUUUGAAGUCCUGGUUAAAGACAGAGUACCUAAAAGUGCUACAUUUUACUGUCUUAUAGGCCUGGUUGUACACAAUACCUAAAAGUUAUAAUCAGAAUACUGGCACGUCCUGGCUAUGAGGAGUCCUACCUGAAAGUCCUACCUGAACGUCCUACGUGUACAUUCUGUGGUAAUAAAAUGUGCGAGUCAGUAAAAGAGAGUACAGUGAUAUGGAGCAGCAGGGAAAAUCUACCAGUGUCCCCCAAGUUGUUAUAAUAUUUCAGGAAACAAAAAGCACUAUUUACAAGAUAUGAUGUUCAUAGCAGUCUGAUCAUGUUAAAAUGAACAUGAAGCCUGCCACUAUAUUUACAUAGAAAAAAGGAUAUAGGACACAGUUAUCACAGAAAAGUAUGUAAAAUAUUUUUGAAAACUUUUGAAAGCCGAGAAGAUGAAGUUCGGUUAUGGGAACAGACGAUUCACUCGAAGUAGAAGCCCUUAUGACUUUGGCCAAUCACUAGCGCUGAAUGUGACACGUGAUAGUUGGCUGUCAGGUCAAUAAACCUAUUAGCUCUUGAUUGUCAAUUAGCGGUUAGUUUAAGUGUUAAAACUGGUGUAUUUUGGACCACACAUUUAUAAGCAGGAAACUGAGAACGGCUGCCUAUGUCACAAUGCAUGCAUGUUGGGCAGUACACUGCAGUAACCUGUCAGGGUAAGGUAGCAAGAAGACCGCCUCGGCAGAGUCAUUGCUUGAAGAAAAAUAUUGUGUCUUUGCAUCAUUUUUCGUUAGCAAAGUCAGAUUUAUUACCAAAAUAUGUUCCCAAAGUCUCAGUGAGUUAUAAAUCGGAAGGUAAUGCUGUAUUUGGUGAAUUCUCUAAUGUCAUUAUAUCCAGCUGGGCCUAAUGCUUACACCCAUG